UCCAAAAAUGGGUAGAGUGCGCAUUGGUUCUGAAAGAUUGCAAAGUGUGCUGAACUUACAAAAACAGAAAAGGUUUUUCUCAUCGCCACGCGUGAGAUCUCGCCUCCGCAUCGACGCUUAUCCAACAUUAUUUAGUGCUGAUGAGAUCACUACUGAUAUUGGGGCAUAUAGCUUACACCACGACGCCGAUGGAACCAAAAAUGUCUCUCAUGAGCACAAUUUUUGCAAGAGGAGACUGCAUGAAAACCAUUCCUACAGCAAAGUUGAAGUUCCAGAGAAAAGUAGUGAUGCACACAUUUACUCCACACCUCGACGCCCUAGACGAAGAAGGCGUGUGAUUGUCACGAAAAAGUCUGACAUCAAUUUGUGCAAGAAUUUACUCUGAGUACAUGAGACCCAGAAAACA